AUGGAGUUGAAUUCUACUUUCAAUGACGAAACGGAGGGAUCAGGAUUUUCCGAGAUGCCGUCGGCAGUGCCGUCUCCCACCUCGAUCCUCACCCCGGUGCAACGAGGGAUUUUGUCCGGCAUCAUGAUCUUCAUCAGCAUCAGUGGCUGCGUUGGGAACAUCGUGGUCAUCUGCGCCGUGGCACUCUCCAAGAAACUCCGCUGCAUUACUAACGUCUUCGUUGUGAACCUGGCCGUUGCCGACUUGAUGACCUGUCUGAAUAUUCCAUGGAUGGUGGUGGCUAUCCUAAGCGUGGAUGGCUGGCCCUUACCGGACUGGAUAUGCAGCUCGUGUGGGUUCACCUUGAUUGUUUGUAUCGGUAGUAGCAUCUACACCCUAGCCUGCAUCGCAACCAUCCGCUAUGUGGUUAUAACAGGCACCCCAGGACGAUGCCAGACUAUAUACACAACACCCAAGCUAUGCACUAUCAUCACCUUGAUCUGGACAGUGCCCUUGCUGCUUGCCUUUGUGCCCAUCGUCUUCGAUCUUGGCAAACUUGGAUAUGACUUUAAGUAUAGCUCCUGCACAUGGGAUACUGGCCACCAUAACUCGGAAAAUCUCAGUAAGAUAUUAGCUGCCACUUAUUACCCGCUGCCUUUCAUCGUCAUCACCUACAGCUACCUGAAGAUACUCUUCCACGUACGCCGGCACUCCCGGACCGUUGGAGUGUUGUUGACCGUCAGCUCGACCGUUCGCCCCGUUGGUGCCAUCACCGCCUCAGCGGCCGCAGGAAGCCUACCCGGUAACCCUCCGAGCGCACGGCAAAUUAGCUCACAGUCUCACAACCCGAGGGAAAACAAUCCACCACUAGAACACAAUAACGUCCGGGCAAAAAUAAACAGGAGACAAGUUGAAGUGACUAAGAACAUGUUCUACAUUGUGUGUGUAUUUUUGUUGUGCAUUUCUCCCUUUGGGUUUAGUCUGUUUUACGAGAAGAGUGACCCUGUUAUACCAUACGCCGGCAUGUUGAUAUUCUGUAACAGUUGCAUCAACCCGUUUGUCUACGCCACUAAACACCCUGUUUUCAAGAAAGUUAUCUGGUUGAUUCUGAAGUGUAAAUUCUCUAAAAUAUCCUAACACAUUGCAGCAUGGUGUUUUAUUUCUUAAAACUAUUUUUUUUUUCAUUUGCUCGGGGCUGAUUUUUUGAAGAUGUAUGAUAAAGUUCAGUGUGUAUAUCAAACAACUGUAAUCUGCCAUAAAUAAGAAAAUGUCAGGUUUACUGCAUCGAGCUGAUCAUAGUAUGUGGCCUUAACCCAUGUUCAUAUAGUCAGGUACUAAAUGAAGUGUAAAACCAUGAAAAAUAUAGGCCAGGA